CGUCACCUGUCAAAAUUGACGGUUUGUCAUCUUAAUUAAAAUUUUUUUACAUCUUAUUCUAAUAAUUAAUAAGUAAAUAUCAUCAUAACUGUAAGUUUAACAGUAUUAUUAUACUUUCUAAUAACUCUUUGAUAAGAAUAAUAGAAAUGGCAAAUCCGAAGUACGCCGAUCUACCCGGAAUCGCCCACGACGAGCCCGACGUCUACGAGACCACCGAUCUCCCGGAAUCCGAGCAAUCGGCGGACUUUUUCGAAGACGAAACCGAUCCGAUCGAACGCAUCCACAUCUCGUCCGGCGAGGCUUUCGACAAAUUCAAAGGCAAGUACUUGGACUCUGCUAACGUGGACUUCUCGACGAGAUUGGGCAAACGAUCGAGAACGGGCUACGACGCCGUCAGCGGCGAAUGGGAACUGCGCGGCUCCGGCGAGCCCGAAAACCUCGUGCAAAAGUACAAUCGGCUGUUGUGCGAAAUGAAGGAAGUGCUCGAGGAAAUCAACGAGUUGAAGGCCGGCAAAAACGAGAAGGCGAACGAGAAUUGCGCCGUUUCCAGUCAGAAAAUCGAACAGUCGAUUAAGCAGCUAGCAGAUCUGAAACUCGAGGAUACGUUAGGUGAACAAAUCGUACAGAAAUUAUCCGAUCCGGAAGGAACCCAAAUCAAAAUACUUUUAUCCCAACUGGAGCAAUUUAAAUCGUCCAUUAACGAACGUCCGGAAUCGGAAGUAUCGGGCGAAGAAUCCGGCAUAACUUACAAACUGGAUUACAGACCGCAACAAGCCAGUAUGGCUCAAAUGUCUAGAGUAGCUGACUUGGAAUCCAGAAUUCGCAAACUAGAAACCGUUAUUGGCGAACCUAGCGAUAAAUUAACCAGAUUAACAGCGGGUUUCGUUAAAGGGAGCUUAUUCGAAGUGGCCGAACAAUUGAGCGCUACCGCUAGUUUGUUAGAUUCAGCCCAAUUGGACCAUAUCGAAGGGAGAUUGGGUAAUUUAGCGCAAAAAUUGGAGACAAUCGCCGAAAAGAAAAAGUCAUCACAAAAGGACGAUGAUAAAGAUAAAAUGAUAUUGGAAUUGUACGAAUUGGUCAAAAACACAGAAGGCGUUUCGAAGUUGCUACCCCAAACGAUAGCGAGGCUUAAAGCUUUGGAGCAAAUGCACGAUAAAGCCAUCGAUUUCACAAAGACGCUAACCCAAAUCGAAUUGACCCAAACUGAGAUGGCCGGACACGUGCAAAACAACAAAAUGCUCCUGCAAGGGGUGCAGGAAAGUUUCGCAGUCAACCUGAACGAAAUCAAUUCGACCGUUACUAAUUUAGAUGCGCGAAUUAAAGCCAUUAAGAAUAAAAAAAAUUAAUUUAAGAUUUUUAAACUAUCAGUCGCUUAAUUUCCACAUUUUUCACGUUAUAUUUAUUUAUUACUUGAUUUUAUAUU